UCUGAUCUUAACAGAGAUCCGUUUCAUUAAGCCUGUAACUAUCCUGGGCGCAAGUCUAGUUUUUCUCUGCGGUGAAAAGUACUGAAUUUUUUUUAAAGAUGAAUAACCGUCUUGUUGGAGGUCUCGCCUGCUCGAGUGUCGGGUUGUUGUUGUACAUUGUCGGGAUAGCGACGACGGCUUGGCUGUCUGCAGGAAAUGUGGAAAGCGGGUUGUGGCAGAGUUGUACAAAGGGCGCAAUCAGGAUUUGCGCUUCGUGGGAUAUUGACAGCUUGAACGGUGCCUACCAUGCAAGCCGGUUCUUCUCGGUUGUCGGCGCGCUCCUGGCGGUUGUCGGCAUAAUCGCAGGAGUGGUACACGCCAUCAAACACAACCUCUUCACAAGGGUCAACAAGAAGAGAACUGCAGGCGGUUUGAUCAUAGUAGCAGGAGUAUGUGGUCUCAUCACCGCAGCCAUCUUUACCGGCUACUACGAGAACAACUCCAUCGGCAGCGUUCCCUACGGCUACUCCUUCUACCUGACCUGGAUCCAGGGACUCUUCACCAUCGGUGGCGGUGUGGCAUGUUUCAUAGCUUAGUGCCAGGAUGUAAACGUCAUCACUUGGAUGAAGACGUCAUCGUGAAAGCACCCGAAUGUCUGAGAAUGAGAAAGUUUUCUACCAAUGUACCAACAGAGUGUUGUAGGUUCGGUCAGUCUUUUGCUAGCGAUCAAAUAGUUUGUGAAAGCGGUAAAUUACAGUAAACGGUCAGUAGCGUGUUAUAAAAACUUUUUAAAGUUUAGUUUUAAUAUAAUAGAUGAUUGUUGCUCUUUUUUUUUACAUCAAGCAGACCUCUCGAUAAAGUCUUUUGUUUCAUGAU